AAUGAUGAUCUUGCCAUCAAACUCGAGCCUCUUGUCAACAACUCAUCUUCUUUGGAGCAUGAAUAUUGCAUUUUGAAGCAACUUGAAGGUGGAGCUGGGAUCCUGCAUGUUGAGUGGUUUGGUAGAGAGGCAACAUUUGACACCCUUGUCCUCGACCUCCUCGGACCAUCUUUACAUGAUCUCUUCCUUGCGCAAAAUCGAAAAUUCACCCUUCAUACCAUCCUGAAUAUUGGAGACCAAUUGGUAAGUUGGUUUAUGGUGGGUCCUGGCAUUGGCAGAUGCUAA